AUGGAAGACAUCCCGAAGCCCACUCGGCUGGGAGAAGAACGCGUCCCCCUGACAGAAGAAGACAGUCGACGCAUCCGACACAAGACAGACCGGGUGAUUCUCGCCCUGCUGGUCUGGGUGUAUUUCCUGCAGAUCCUGGACAAGUCGGUGCUCGGGUACGGCGCGACAUUCGGGCUGGAGACCGACACCGGCCUGACGGGCAACGAGUACUCGCUGGUCGGGUCGAUGGCGCCCAUCGCCCAGCUGGCCUGGCAGCCCUUUUCGUCCUUCCUGAUCGUCAAGGUGCCCCCGCGCAUUCUCAUGCCGACGCUGUGUCUGGGCUGGGGCAUCGCGCAGGCCUGCAUGGCGGCCUGCCACAACUUCGGCUCCCUCCUGGCUGCGCGGUUCUUCCUUGGCCUUUUCGAGGCAGGCUGUCUGCCCCUGUUCAGCAUCAUCACCAGUCAGUGGUACCGUCGUGCAGAGCAGCCGUUGCGUAUCGCCGCCUGGUACAGCACCAAUGGGCUGGCUACCAUCGUUGCUGCUGCUUUGUCUUAUGGACUGGGACAUAUCCACUCGACUUUGUUACGAGAGUGGCAGAUUAUCUUUCUGUUCGUCGGCUUGGUGACCAUCGUCUCCAGCCCCAUCGUAUACUGGAAACUGGACAACGACAUCCCGUCGGCACGAUUCCUCACUGAAGAAGAGAAGCCAAAGGCAGUGGAACGGCUGCGCGCCAACCAGACGGGCACCGGCUCGCGCGAGUUUAAGAUGCAGCAUCUGGUCGAGGUCGCGCUGGAGCCCAAGAGCUACCUGUGGAUCGGCAUGUCGCUGACGCUCAACGUGGGCGCCAGCGUGUCCAACACGUUCGGUCCCUUGAUUCUCGACGGGCUAGGUUACGACAAGUACCUGACCAGUCUGUUGAACAUGCCCUUUGGCGCCCUGCAGAUCAUCGUCAUCCUGCUGUCGAGCUAUCUGGCGCAGCGGGCGCGUCGCAAGGCCAUCAUCCUCGUCGCCUUCAUCCUGCCCGUCGUCGCCGGGCUGGCCAUGCUGUACGCCCUGCCGCGCACGAGUAACGUCCAGGGCGGACUGCUGGCGGGCUACUACCUGCUCGCCUUUCUGUUCGGGGGGAACCCGUUGAUCGUCACCUGGAUCGUGGGCAACACCGCCGGGUCCACCAAGCAGUCUGUCAUCAUGAGUCUGUACCAGGCUGCCAGUGCAGCGGGAAACAUUGUCGGACCCUUGCUCUUCGCCAGCAAGGAUGCCCCGACGUACCAUUCGGGGUUGCGUGGUUGUCUGGGCAUCUUCAUCGCCCUGGCGGCCAUCAUUCUGAUCCAGUGGGCGAACCUGUUUGUUUUGAAUCGUUUCCAGGAGAAGAGACGCGUGCGCAAUGGGAAACCUGCCAAGCUCGUCGAUCACUCCAUGCAGAGCGAGUAUCAUGGCUUUGAUGAGGAGGUUGUCGACACCCAUGUGGGAGAGAAUGCGUUUUUGGAUCUCACCGACAGGGAGAACGACGAAUUUGUAUAUAUCUAUUAA